AUGUGGAGCUACCAGGUGGCUCAGGGUUUGGUUUUUGCCAUUGAGGAAAUCAACAGGGACUCCCACCUGCUUCCCAACAUCACACUGGGCUUCUCCAUCUGGAACUCUGGGGACUUGGUGGCUGAUGCCCUCCACAAGGCCAUGAGCUUCCUCACAGGCCGGGAAGAGCCCAUCCCCAACUAUGUGUGUCAAGCUAGGCCGCCCAGAGUUGCCCUGGUUGGAGAGUUGAGGUCCACUCUGUCUAUCCCCGUGGCCAGGCUGCUGGGACGCUACAAGUUCCCCCAGGUCAGCUACGCAUCCACUGUGGCCAGCCUCAGUGACAAGACUCAGUUCCCGUCCUUCUUGCGGACUGUGGCCAGUGACCUCACAGGCUCCCACAUGCUAGUCCAACUGGUGCUCUACUUUAAGUGGCACUGGGUGGACGUUCUGGCCCAAGAUGAUGACUACGGCCAACAGGGCAGUGCUCUGGUGAUCCAGGAACUGGUUCAAGCUGGCGUCUGCAUUGAUUUACACCUUCAUGUCCCUUCUCAGCAUCUCCCAGAGAAGACCCUAGCCAUCCUCAGGAAAAUGGACAUCUGUACUGCUAAGGUCUUUCUGGUCUUCCUGAGCACCUCAAAUUUCUACGUUAUUCUACAGGCACUGGUGGGCAGUGGGAUCUUGGGCCGAGUGUGGGUCAGCAAGGACACACUGCACAGUGUGCUGGCCCUGGCCAUCCCAGGCAUCUCUCAGGUCCUACACGCCUCCUUCAGCCUCAUGCCACACCACAGCCAGGUCCCGGGCUUUCUAGAAUUCCUCGCUCACCUGCAUCCUGCCCGGGCCCCAGAAGACAUGUUCACCCAGAGGUUCUGGGAAGUCACCUUUGGAUGCACCUGGCCCCAAAGAAGUCAAAGUCUAAUGGGAAGUGGCACUGCUGGAGAAGGGGCUCAGUUCUGCUCAGAGAACGAGAGCCUAGGAGGCCAGGAGUACCUUUUCCAGAAUGUGAGUAACUUGGACCUUGCAUACCCAGCAGUCUACAGCGUGGCCCACGCUCUGCACGACAUGGUCACCUAUGAACAUGGUGAUGGACUGUGUGCAGAGAUGCUGUGCUUUCAUCCCUGGCAGUUCCUGCAUCACCUUAGGAAGGUACAUUUCAUGACUCCCAAUGGGAGGGAGAUUGUUUUCGAUGAAAAUGGAGACAUACUUGCAAAAUUUGACAUUCUCCAUGGGCAGAAAACCACCAACGACCUGUUCCAUUUUGUCCAUGUUGGCACCAUUGACCAGCAGUUCUCUUCAGGAGACAGAGUGCUCAGCCACUGGACAAAGGAAGAGCUUCAGGUCCCAAACUCCAGCUGCAGCGCGAGUUGCUCUCCAGGCUUCAGCCAGAUCCCCCUGCAGGGUGCCCCUCACUGCUGUUUCGAGUGCAGGCCCUGCCCAGAAGGGCAGUUUGCAAACCAGACAGACAUGACGCAGUGCCUUCCAUGCCCCACAGAUCAGUACUCAAGCGAUGCCAGAAACCACUGCCUGCCCAGGACGGAGAUCUUCCUGGACUUUGAUGAACCCCUGGGGCUCAUGCUGACCUCAGCUGCACUCACGCUGGCCAGCCUCGUGCUGCUGGUCCUGGUGGUGUUCUUGAAAUACCGGGACACACCUGUGGUCAAGGCCAACAACCGGAUUCUCAGCUAUGUGCUCCUGGCCUCCCUGCUCCUCUGUGCUCUGUGUUCCUUGCUCUUCCUUGGCCGCCCCACCAUUGCCACCUGCCUCCUCCGCCAGACCACCUUUGCUAUCAUAUUCACUGUAGCUGUCUCCUCCAUUCUGGCCAAAACCCUCACUGUGGUCCUGGCCUUCAGGGCCACCAGGCCAGGGGUCAGGUUACAGGUGUUCCUGGGACCUGGCACCUCCACCUCCGUUGUCCUAAUGACAUCCUUGGUCCAAGUGAUUCUCUGUGGGGUCUGGCUGGGCACCUCCCCACCAUUCCCAGACAGGGACAAGGCCUCUGAGCCCAGCCACAUCAUUAUCCAGUGCCAGGAGGGCUCUGGAGCCGCCUUCUCCUACGUGCUGGGCUACUUGGGCCUCCUGGCUGGGGUCACCUUCGUGGUAGCCUUCCUUGCCAGGGGUCUUCCAGAUGCCUUCAAUGAGACCAAGUUUCUCACGUUCAGCAUGCUGCUCUUCUGCAGUGUCUGGGUGGCCUUCCUGCCCCUCUACCACAGCGCUCAUGGCAAAGCCACCGUAGCCGUGGAGAUCUUCUCCAUCCUGACCUCCACGGCUGGGCUGCUGUGCAGCAUUUUCCUGCCCAAAUGCUACAUCAUCUUGCUGAGGCCUGAGAGGAAUGUCCCAGGCCGGCUGAGAUGUGGACGCUGAGCUCAGCAGAACAUGCAAAGUGAGAAGCUCCAGGACAGGAAUCUCCCAGGCCAUCGCCACAAAGCCCCAUAG